UCACCCGGCAAAGUAAGCAGGCGGCUCCGUGGGGCGAAAAGCAGAGUCUUUUCUUUCCUCCGGGUCUGCUCUCUUGUCGUGUUCACACGUGCCGCUUGGAGCUCUUCUCUCUCUUUCCCCCUCGGUUGUUCUUUCUCUCUUCCGUUCCUGCUCCUGCCUUCUGAUGCCUCCCAAUCUCACCGGCUACUACCGAUUCGUCUCCCAGGACAACAUGGACAACUACCUUCGUGCCUUAGACAUCAAUGUCGCUCUAAGGAAACUGGUUUGCCUCCUGAAGCCGGAUAAGGAGAUCGUCCACAACGGAGACCACAUGACCAUCCGCACGUUGACUUCGCUUCGGAAUUAUAUCAUGGACUUUGACCUUGGGGUUGAGUUUGAAGAGGACUUGGGACCAGUGGAUGGGCGCAAGUGCCAGACAACCGUCUUCUGGGAUGGAGAUCAGUUGGUGUGUGAACAGCGAGGAGAGAAACAAAAUCGAGGCUGGAGACACUGGCUAGAAGGGGACCAGCUGCAUCUGCGCUUGACAGCAGAGGAUGUGGUUUGUGUCCAGGUUUUUCAGAAAGUGAAAUGAUUCUUAGCAGCAAGCGCUAACUUCUGGAUGCAACAGGCAUUAGAGCCUCAAACUGGGACCAGAAUCGAGCCAUCAUUUUUUCAUUCCUUGUCCUGAACCUUCUCUUUUGGAUUAAAAUAACAGAUGACCAAC